AUGACGAAAAUUAUCAAAGGUCAAGAAAUUUACGAUAUGAAGAGAGUGAAGGAAGAAUUUGAUAAAACUGUCGCACGCGUUGAAAAUUUAAAUGCAUCAAGCUACAAAACGUUUCGCCUGAAAAGAAGAUUGAAAAAUACAUUUCCCCAGCUUGUAUUCCAUAGUCCAAAUUCACGAAAUCUAAGUGACAUUGUGUUCGCAGAAUGUUUAGAUAGAGGAAAGGUUGCAGAGACAUUUAUAUCACAAGAACAGUUAUCGGAUAGUGAGGAGGAGACUGAGGAUGAAAGUCAUGAAACGAACGAAAUGCACCCCCUGCUAAUCAUAGAUCGUCUUUGAAAGAAAUGAAUUCCUCUGCUCUAAGAGAAAUCUUUCGUGAAUGUGCAGCACAAGCUUGGUACACCACAUGGCCACCAGUUGCAGCUGAUAUCAACGUUGCUAAUGUGAAAAAGUUAGUUCCUCCAGUUUUAUUCAUUUUUUUGCUUGGGGACUCGGGUUUUCAGAUGAUCCCGAAGAAUCAAAGUACAUAACCUUACAGGACGAUCGCUCUUUAAAGUUGUUUUCCGUAUGUCAGGAUCUGCUGUGCAUUUUUAGUGGUGGUAGAACACAAACACCAAAAUCACUAGCAUUAGCCAUGGCGGUAAGACAAAUAUCUGGCUGUUCACACUUAGUAACUCUCCGAAACGGCUUUGGCCAUUGCGUAUCCCUGUCAUCAACAAUGGCAUAUGACACUGCGUUAGCGCAGUUGUCGUUAAAUACGUCAAAUGUUAUUCCGAAAGGGUUUAUAGCAGAGCGUUACGUUAAUGUUGUUUAUGACAACAUUGAUUUUGGAGAAGAGGCUAAGAAACAAACGCACGUAACCAAUGGCAUCAUCAUCCAACAGGUUACCUCACAAAACAACGACGACAACAAUAUAGAGACAACAGUGACCCAACGAUCCCUAAAGGUGCCUGACAUUACUUUAAAGCCUUACAGCAUUGGAGUGAAAAAGACACCUGCAUUUAACAUUCCUGAGAGCAUCAAAGAUUACGGUGAAAAUGAGAAAACAAAUAUUUCACUAAAAACAGAUCUAUCAUACAUACUGGUAAAGAUGUAUAAUCAUUUCGAAGAACAGGAUGGACUGGAUUCAACACGAUGCUUAAUGAAACUGAAAUACCAAAUGCAUCAAGAAUCGGUUAUCUCCCUGUCAUCGAUAACUCGCCCACUGAAUACUCAACUAUAAAUGCAAUCCUCGAAAAAGGUGUUGACAUUGCAAACGCCCUACAAUUUGAUCAUAUCGUAAUGGUAUUUGACGAGGCUGGAUACUCGAAGGUGCAACAAGUAAGGUGCAUGGGAAAACGAGAACAAACAAACUGAUCGUGCGCUUAGGAGAGUUUCAUACCAUUAUGUCCUUCCUGACAGCAAUAUCGAAGCUAUUUGAAGAUGCGGGGAUGAAGGUAAAUUUUGGGCCGAGGCUAGACCGAUAAUUUUUGCAUAUUCAUAUAUUCGUGUUCUGUUUUGGAGAAUUUACAAACUUAGUAUUCACCGAAGUAAAAUUUAUAUGAUGACGAAUGCAAUUUUUCGUUUGUUUAUGUGUAGGAUAUCAUGAUCGAGUCGGGAAUAGUGAGUGAGGGAUCAAUCAAGGGCGUGCUCAGUGGUAAACAUUAUAAUAGGUCAGUGUUCUGCCACAAAAUCAUGCAUGAAGCGUUCCAACGUCUUCGAUUUGAUACUUUUAUGGAUAGCUUGGAUGUCAAUGAACAGGAAAAAAUUCGGACAUUUGUAGAAUCUAUGGGAGAUGGCUUUCCAACGCAACAAUACAAAGAGAAGCUGUUGAGCCAGGAGUUUGAGGCUGUAUGUGAUAAAUAUGAAUCAUUUGUGGAAGAAACAUCGCAAAAAUCAAAAACAUUUGCAUUUUGGAGCAUAUAUCUUAAAAUGACAGGUACAUGCAAAUCUUCUAAUACAAAAAGGUAACUUAAUAAGGGCCUGCUUACAAAUAUAUAAAGAACCCGGAAUAGAUUAACGGGAGGAUUAAUACAGGCAACUAUUCGGUUUAGAGCCAAGGUUAAAAUUCAGGUCUGCAGAUUAGAGUUAAUGUAUUAAAGAUUCUUUAAAUGACACAAUUGAGGCCGUUUUGCACUUCAGCCUUACCAUAUAAAAACGUGUCGUAUUUUUUUUUGUUCCAUGGGCACUCGAGUAGCACUGAUUUUUAAACAAAGAAAUGUGCUACGUUUCGCUACGGUAUACAGCUGAAAUGAAAACUGACUUUAAAGAGGUGGGUUUGUCAGCCAUUCGUCAUUGUCUAUGGCCUCUUGCUCUUUGGUUCGUUUAAAUCAGAACUAAAUAUUACUUUUCAAUGUAGGUAUAUUGUUGAUGUUCAUCCGUGCAACACGACAGAUCGAUUGGGAGCUCCAUUUAUCUACAUUUAGGCAAAUGCUUCCCUGUUUUUUUGUUACUAAUAAGAUUAACUACGCAAGAUACGGAACAGCUUACUGGUUGGAAAUGACGUCUCUGUACAAAACACACCCAGGUAAAGCGUAAAGCAAAAGGAAAUAUUCAAAAUUGUAUGUCUAUUUUCUGUUGUUGUUGGUUUGUCUGCACAAGCGACCCGCGCAUCCAGCUUUUUCUGUGGAUGUUGCCUGUAGAUAUAUAGUCUGCAGACACACCAUAAAACUGCAUUCAAUUUUCUUGUCCGCUCGCUUAUUGUGGUAAAUAUGCGUACAAAUAAUACCGUUCACCUUAAUUAACAGGAAUUCGACUUGAUAUGUCACGAAAUUUCGCCAUUCAGCGUCAAAGUCAUCAUGUUUUUUCUGCAGUUGCAUGCGACCAAACGAUAGAACAGACAGUAAACCGUGAUGCAAAAACUAAGGGAGGCUUGAUUGGUUUCUCAUUGAAUCGUGCUGCAGUGCAUCGAUGGCUUCUUUCACAGUCGGUGAGAGCGGCGAUAACCAGCCAAUGCAAGAGUUUAGCAGGAAUGGAGUGCAAGCCAAGGUAUGUCCAAACAACACUCGUAAAAAUUGCACAUCCUUAAUCGUGUUUAAAUGGUUGCGCGAUUUCAAUGUGUUUUUUUUUUCUUUUAGAAAACGUAAAGACCUCGAUCGUACUAAAUGCGAGCGCUAUCAGAAGUCGGUAGAAAAUGUAAUAAUCACCGUUUCGAAUAUGCUAAACCCGUUUGACACAGAGCAAAAGAGCCUAAUAUCUUUAGCAAGUGGAUUUGUCGUUGAGGACAAUGUUGCUGAUAGUUUACUUGGAGCAGAACAGAUUGGAGAGAAUCAGUUUUAG